AUGCUGAAUUACUUAAUGAUUAUCUAUCUGAAAUAAAAAUAUUUGGCUAAGUAGUUUUAAGAGAGGAUGAAGUUUAUAAAAAUUUUCAAAAAUCUAAAAAUUGAUCUUUACUCAACCAAAAUAACAUAUUUGAUGGUAAAUCUAAAUAAUAUGUAAAUAAUUAAAAAUUAAAAUAAUGCAUAGGAUUUCUUUAAGGUGGAUUAAUUGAUGUUAGAUGAUUUAAUUCUAAAUGGUAUCAAAGAUUAUUAUUCAAGAAUGAUAAAAUAAUUUAUCAUGACUGGAUAAUCUAAUUUUUUAGAAAAGUUCAAGAAGGUUUGA